AUGGGUCCGCUAUGCCCCACUGAUCCGCUGGAGGGUCCGCUAGUUCGCGCCCGGUGCAUUCUGGCAUCAUCGCUUGCGCCGUGCUCGGUCGGGCCUACGGUGACGGCUUCCCGAGGGUUUCGCUGCAGCCCCGAGGGUCCGGGCAUGCUCAUCCCCUCUCUCGACUCCGGUUCCCCUCAUACUCCGCGCCGCUGGGCGCACACCACGCACCACCUGUGCCUUCACACUCCUGCGAAGUACCCUACCGUCUUGCACGGUUGUGGUGCAUUCAGCAUAUUCCGACUAUCGCCAGCCCCGUCCAGCCCCUCCCAACUAGGAAGGCUACUCGAGCCCCAGGACAAAUUCCUACUCGAUGUGAAUGGCUCAGGCAUCUCAACACCGUCACAGCGCAUCGACAACGUAACCCGCACACUCACUGCUCCUCCACUCGACUUGGUGCCAAUCAUCGAGGUACGCAGACUGGACCCUCCCACCGUGCGCGUUGACUGGGGCGGCCUUGAUGUCGUCAGGGACGCCCGCUAA